AUGGAGAAGGCCGGGGGGCGCGGCGGCGGCCCGCGGGGGCCCGUGCUGCACAUCGUGGUGGUGGGCUUCCACCACAAGAAGGGCUGCCAGGUUGAAUUCUCGUAUCCUCCCCUGAUUGCAGGAGAAGGACAUGACAGCAACACUUUACCUGAAGAGUGGAAGUAUUUACCUUUCCUUGCUUUGCCAGAUGGAGCCCACAACUAUCAGGAAGAUACCGUGUUUUUCCACCUGCCUCCCAGAAAUGGAAAUGGAAUGACAGUUUAUGGUGUCUCUUGUUACAGACAGAUUGAAGCCAAGGCACUCAAAGUAAGGCAAGCAGAUGUAACCAGAGAAACUGUCCAGAAAAGUGUCUGUGUUCUAAGCCAGCUGCCUCUCUAUGGUUUACUCCAAGCAAAACUUCAGCUCAUUACCCACGCCUAUUUUGAAGAGAAGGAUUUUUCCCAAAUUUCCAUCCUAAAGGAACUCUAUGAGCAUAUGAAUAGUUCCUUGGGAGGAGCUUCCAUAGAAGGGUCCCAGGUAUACCUUGGUCUUUCUCCACGAGAUCUGGUCCUUCAGUUUCGUCACAAGGUCUUAAUCCUAUUUAAGCUGAUUCUUCUGGAGAAAAAGGUUCUGUUUUAUAUUUCUCCAGUGAAUAGAUUGGUAGGUGCACUAAUGACCGUAUUAUCCCUUUUUCCAGGUAUGAUUGAACACGGCCUCCGGGACUGCUCCCAGUACAGGCCCCGAAAGAGUCAUUCUGAGGAUGCUGGACUCCACCAAGCUACCCCUCCUGCAGAUGACUUUGUUUCUAGGGCUGCAUCUGACAUUUCAAGUACAAAUUCAGGAAAUGACAAGAAAAAGGUAUCUGGAAACCAUGGAGGGGAUGCCUCCAAAGCAGAUGGGAUCAUCUCCCAAACAGAAAAGGAUGUCAGCAAUCAUCAAGCAUCCAAUGGCCCUGGACAGUCUUUGACACUUUCUGCCAAUGUGACACCUGAGACAUCAGAAAAUGAAUGGGAGACCCUGGACUCUGGGGUCUUAGAGGGCACUAGCUUGAAAGGAAUUGAGCAGGUGGAUGCUAAACAGAUAAACUUCCUUCCAAGUGACCACGUGCCCUCAGAAAGCCCCCCAAUUACCGUGCAACCUCAAGCUAACCUGGGCCAGGUGGUGUUUGUGCCAGGCCUCAUCUCUGGUUUGGAAGAGGACCAAUAUGGCAUGCCAUUAGCCAUCUUCACCAAGGGCUAUCUCUGUCUGCCAUACAUGGCAUUGCAGCAACAUCACCUUCUCUCUGACGUCACUGUCCGAGGAUUUGUUGCAGGGGCGACCAACGUUCUUUUUCGGCAGCAGAAACACCUCAGUGAUGCCGUUGUAGAAGUAGAAGAAGCAGCUGUUCACAUCCAUGACCCAGAGCUGAGGAAAAUUCUGAGCCCAACCACGGCCGACCUGAGGUUUGCUGACCAUUUGGUGAAGCAUGUGACUGAGAACAGGGACGACGUGUUCCUGGACGGGACGGGUUGGGAGGGAGGCGACGAGUGGAUCCGGGCACAGUUUGCUGUCUACGUCCAUGCCCUACUUGCAGCCUCACUGCAGUUAGAUAAUGAAAAGAUGCUCUCAGACUAUGGGACAACCUUUGUAGCAGCUUGGAAGAAUACACACAAUUAUAGGGUCUGGAACAGCAACCGACAUCCGGCUCUGGCAGAAAUAAACCCAAACCAUCCCUUUCAGGGCCAGUAUUCGGUGUCAGACGUGAAGUUGCGAUUCUCACACUCUGUCCAGAACAGUGAACGAGGCAAAAAGAUCGGGAACGCCAUGGUCACGACAAGUCGGAACGUCGUACAGACUGGAAAAGCUGUUGGCCAGUCUGUUGGUGGAGCAUUGUCCAGUGCAAGGACGGCCAUGUCCUUGUGGCUUUCCACUUUGACCCAGUCGGCCACGCCAGGGCUCCCAGAUCCACCAGAUGACAAACACUGAGAGCUGUGGCCGGAGCCUGCUGGGAGACCGGAUCUGUCUGCAACCUUCAGGUCACUAGAUCUGUACACGGGGGACCAGUGCUGGACUGUGGAGCGGCCCAUGUAGUCACCGGUUAUUUUCUGUGUGUUUUUAAUACACGUGUUGCCCAAUUUGAGUGUCUAGGGAAUGGCCAGUAUGCGGUUGCUAUCCAGAAUGUUGAUGCACAUUGACUACUUUUAUUUAAUCUGAGCCUUUCUAGGAAAUGGACCAACUGAUGGUUUGGAUUUCCUGAUUUUGUACAUUUAUUUGUCUACAGAAGUUGCUUAUGUAAAUUAUAGUUAUUUUUUGCCUUUUGGAUAGCCAAAUGCAUAUUAUAAUUUGUCCAUUAAAAAUAAUAAUAUAUAUAUCAGUUCCUCUCAAAUUGGGCCCAUAAUUGUUACCUGGCCCUUGGCUUUAUACGUUUUGAGCCCUUUGCUGGUGGACUUGGUUUUUUCUAUUUUAUUCUAUUCUAAAUUAAUUUGAGCAGAACUAUAGAUUCAUCCUUACAGGAGAUGUAUAAAUUCGGUCUUUUACCCCCACCACGUCCUUUCCUUCUCCCAACAUAAUCACACUCAGAGGUAAUGGUGGGGGAAGGUGAGGCUUUGGAAGUUGACCAUCUAAUCUUCAAUCAUGGGUGCCCACCCCUGCCUGCCCUCCAGCCCCCUUGCCUUUUCCUAGUUCUGUCUCAGAAGGUAAGAGAAGGCAAGGCUACAAUUUGACGGUUGGAACUGGGCCGGGGCUAUUGGAAACUACUGUUUGCCCCAGGCUGUGUUUUUCAAGCUUUCUGCUAUUGGUGUCCGCCUGACCCUGGCCAUUUAGAAUCUUUUAGAUAUACUGAUGUAUGGCUGAACUCCAUGCCUUCUGCUUUCUCCCUUCCUCCCCAACUGAAAGUCAUCCUCCUCGAUGUGUGUUCAAGAGAACAAAGACUCUGUGUAAAGUAGGAAUACCCUGUCAGGGCAAAUUUGAAUAAUGUUGAUGUUAAAGGGACAGUGAGGGAGCUGGGGGACCAUCAGAAGGCUUCAGGUUUGUGCAGAGGCAUGUGAAAUACUCUGCUUGCCUCUAAAGGCUUCCCAUCAUCUCGUCCCCUUUCUGACUGGCCAAAGGGCUCUGGGAGAAGUGUUCUUGGGGACCAGUUCAACAUUUUAGUAAGCCACCCCUUUUGUAUUUGUACAAGAGUGAAGUCCUAACCCAGCUUGUGGCAUGAGAUCCUGGGAGAAGCUCUUUCCUAGCCCUCCAUCUAAAAAAGCCAUUGGACUUCUCAGUUCCUCAGCAUCAAAUGCUUUUAUGAAGAUAUUGCCUCUCAAGGAGCCUGGACCCUUGCCGUCCUCUCCAAACACUCCAUCGGGGCCAGGGCCAUACUUCCUGCCCCUCUCCUACUUGAUUACAGGAACAGACUCCAGGGUUGUGGACGGUGAUCGAUGAAGGGAAUAGGAGCAUCCCAGCCCCCCUCUAGGAUUAGUGCCGAGGUGUCUUGCUUCCACUCCUCAGACCUGGUAGGGAACAACCACUUGGCCACCCGUGUUCUUCUCCCAGAAGAUUGUGUGAAGGGAAAGCUGUGCCAUUCCCCAAGAAGCUACGAAGUCAGUUCGGCGCUGAGACUCCUCUAGUGUUUGCCCUGGAAACACGGUCCUUCCCAAGUCCCUACCCCAAGCUGGGAGUUUCAGGAGCGAUCUGUCAUCACCCCUUAAAAUACUGCACAUUCACCCUAGGCCAGAGCUCGGGGAAGGGUCAGAGAGCUGCGGCUCUUUUGUCCAAAGAACUGCCAUGAGGUGGAAGAAGUCACAGGCCUCCUGACUACCCAGGAGUGACAAGCCCAUUCUGCAGCUGAGCUAGGCUAGAAGGAGCCCAACUUGCGUGGAAAUAUGCACCUCAGAUGCACUUUCCAUUAGCAUUUCAGUGCAGAAAACUUCAACUCUUUGAAGAAAAGACCAUCAGUGAAUAGACUGAACAUGAUCCAUGAACAGAGGAGGAGGUGUGGGGCUGAGUGGAGACCCUGGCUCUGCCCUUCUGCAACUCGUGUCCUCAUGGGGCUUCUAGGCACCUCAAGAAAGAAGGUGGCACAGAAAUAGAUAACAGCUCAAGACUAGUUUCCAGCAAAGGCCUCUUUUUGUGGCCAUUUCAUCCUUAGCCAAGGAAUGCAUUUUUCCCGUGGAUCGUUGGUGGUCUAGCAGGGAACCAGGUGGCAGGGGGUCCAGAUUCUGGCCUGGGGACCGGCUUUAGAAGUGUAUGACUGGCGCAGCACUCUCCCACAUCCGCCCGUGCCCUCUGGCCAUCUUUUUGCCACAGUGACAGUAAAGUUGGGAGGUUUAAGGGCAUGCAUUGAAGACUGGCCAGAAGUGCACACAGAUGGUGGACUUUAUUUAAAAGCUCCAGAAAUGAGCCUCCCCAUCCAGCCACUGGGCAGGAGUGCACACCCUUUCUCCAUCUUCAAGCGGUCCCCAUACGGACACUGGUGGCGCAGGGUCUGAGAAAACAUUGCUUUUCAUUCCAUAUAGACCCCUUCGUAGUGAGGAUUAUGUCAACUGGCAUAUGUGUUGGGAGAGGCCAAGUGGUGCCACACCAGAAAGAAGAUAACACUCAAAUGAAGGCUGAUCAUCAUUUUGUAGAAUCUACAGCGACUCCCCCCCACACAAGACAUCCUAUAAUCAUCACCUGCAUGUAUCUGCAUAUUCGGUAGAAUUCUGCCCCUUCCCUCAUCCGACUUGUCAGCUCCUCAGACUAAGAUCAUUCAUAGACUCCUUUUGCUUAAAAAAAAAAAACCACUUCUUUAAAGCAACAACCAUACAGCAGUGGCAUACUUUGAGGGGAAGCUGAGCCCCAGGAUCCCAUGUUUCACAAGGAAAUCCGUGUUCACAACUAUUCGGAUGAUGUUCUUCUUGUGGUGGCGUCCAAGGGGUUAGGAAGGGGAGACUCCUGGGAUCAGCAAGGAGCCCCUCCAUCCAGGCUGAAAGAAAGGUUUGUAGGCUCCUGGUCUAGACUAUGGAGAGCAGCAUCUCAUCCUCGGUUAAUGACCUGAGAGUUGAAGGUUUCCAGUGAAGAGACGCUGUUCUCCGCGAGUAGCCAGGCGUGUGGGAAGGGGUGGUUUGUAGUAAAUGGGACAAGCGGUGGGCAAGACUGAGAGCGUCCGGCCAGAGGUGUGUUUCUUCAGCAGCCCUGCAUGAACCUGGUACACCAGAGUCCUUCAUCCCCUGGCCCUGUCCUUUGGGGAUCGAUGUCCCUGAGGCUUGUGGGACACCUGCACGUGGUUGGGAUGGCGCAGCAUAGAAGCUGGUCCCUGGUCAGACAGUGCAGGGGGAGACGGGACAACAGCCCCCCCCCCCCACUCUGGUUGGUUUCUCUGAGUUUGCUGGUAGCUUCCGUGGGUUAGGUUGGGGGCAGAGGGCAGGCCUGCAUUUUUUUAGUGUUCUAAUCCUUUGUUAGAUCCUGUCUGUCCUACCCGGUCCUCUUGGGGGGGAGCCACAGAUGUAGCCCCUAACUCUCAGCUUUCACUACAGGAAGGCAGGAAUGGGAGUUUCUCCUUCAAAAUCUUCUGACGUGGAACCUGGAAAGGUUCUUCUCACCAGGUCCGACCCUCUGUAAGUAGCCAUCAAGGACAGUAAAGAGAAAUAAAGAUGGAGUUUCUUAGCAUGCCAGGAGCCGUGUUUUACAAAGGACUUGCUGAUGCCAUCAUGAUGCCGGUUCCACAUCGGAAUCCUCCAAAACAAGCUACAGGCAUGCCUAGAAACUGGUACAUUUCCUCAAAUAUGAAUGCGUUUGGAUUUUGCAGAACCGCUUUCAAGUUUGCCUUUUUCCUUGCUGGUUAAAGAAGGGAGGCUCAAUUGGAAUCAUGUAAAUGGGGCACCGUCUACUCGGUUCCUUUCCAGCUUCCACUGUCCUCUGCCCUCUCUCGUGUGUACUGUGAGCUUUUCAGAAUUUUUUUUUUUUUUUUUACUGUAGGAUAACCCCAGGCUGAUGCUGGGGUGGCAAAACAUGAUUGAAUGUCUCCAAAGACUUCCAUGUUUGGAGGCCCAUUUUACACGCUGUUCUUGAACCAUUUUGGUGUUUUACAGCUGGACCAAUCGGAUUAGAAAAUCAGACUGUCCACGCUGGUGAUUCCCCGGCUGCUGUGUCCAAGGCCCAGAGAAAGGGGAGAUGAAUUAAAGAGGAGGUGAAGCUUUUAGUGGUUUGAGGCAGAUGGGACAUAGCCCAGGAGGGUCUGUAGGUCCCGGAGAUGGGUCUCCCUUCAGUAGUGAGCUUAUCAUUUGAGCGCAGGCUCGUAAAAAUGUCUUCAAACUGUAAAUCACAUUGUCUAAUCAUGCCAACUUGUGAAGCCCCCGGGGCAUCUUUUUAUUCUUUCAAAACCGAAUAAAAUCGCAGUGUUCCUGCCCUGCCUUCAC